AUGGGAGCUCGGGCCAGCGGGAGGCAGGACCGGGUUCCGAGAGCGGGAAGCCCACGGCGGAGGAACAGCUGGAACGGGCAUCGGGCCACAGCGCAGGCGGGGGCCGAGCGAGGAAGACCCCGCGCGGCUGCGGCCGUCUCUGGACGCCGGGGCUCCGGAGACUGGCGACCCGCAGAGGCGGAGCCCUCGGUGCCCCGCGCCCCCGAGGGAGAGAAAAAGCGCCACCAGCAGUCCGGAGCCACCCCGCCGGGCGCGGAGGCGCCACGCUCACAGGCGGCAAGAGACGCCUCCAAAAGGGAGACAGGCGGAAACGGAAGUGUCCCCAGCGUGGCGGGCGUGGCUGACGGAGUCUGGGCCAGCCGGGCGGCCGGCUAG